AUGGUGGAGCUGGAUGGAGCAGUGGAAGAGACACCAGAAGCCGGGGUGGUGGUGGAGAUGGAGGUGGAGAGUGUAGAAGGGGUGGAGGUUGGAUACCCUGAUCCAGUUUCCAAACUUGUUCCAGCUUCCAAAGUGGUAGAGGGUUCCAAAGUGGUUCCAGUCUGCAAAGCUGUUGCAGGUUCCAAAGUUGUUCCAGGUUGCAAAGCUGUUCCAGUCUCCCAAGCGGUUCCAGGUUCCAAAGUGGAUGCAGGUUCAAAAGUUGUUCCAGUCUCCAAAGUGGUUGCAGAUUCCAGAGUUGUUGAAGGCUCCAAAGCAGUUGCAGAUUCCAAAGUAGUUCUAGUAUGCAAAGUCGUUCCAGUCUCCAAAGUGGUACCAGGUUUCAAACUGGUUCCAGGUUCCAAACUGGUUGCAGAUCCCAAAGAGGUUCCAGCUUCCAAAGUCAUUCCAGUUCCCAAAGUGCUUCCAGAUUCCAAAGUGGUUCCAGUUUCCAAAGUUGUUCCAGUCUCCAAAGAGGUUCCAGGUUCCAAAGCGGUUCCAGUAUCCAAAGUAGUUUCAGUAUCCAAAGUGGUUCCAGAUUCCAAAGCCGUUGAAGUAUCCAAAGUGGUUCCGGUCUCGAAAGUGGUUCCGAUUUCUAAAGUGGUUGCAGGUUCAAAAGUAGUUCCAGUUUCCAUAGUGGUCACAGAUUCCAAAGUGGUUCCAGUCUCCAAAGCGGUUCCAGCUUCCAAGGUGAUUGCAGACUCCAAAGUAGUUGAAGUUUCCAAAGUCAUUCCAGUCUCCCAGGUGGUUCCAGUCUCCCAAGUGGUUGUAGAUUUCAAAGUUGCUCCAGUCUCCAAAGCUGUUCCAGUCUCCACAGUGGUUGCAGGUUCAGAAGUGGUUCCAGACUCGAAAGAGGCUGCAGUCUCUAAAGUGGCUCCAGUUUCCAAAGUGGUUGCAGAUUCCAAAGCCGUUGAAGUAUCCAAAGUGGUUCCAGUCUCCAAAUUGGUUCCAGUUUCUAAAGUGGUUGCAGGUUCAAAAGUAGUUCCGGUUUCCACAGUGGUCACAGAUUCCAAAGUGGUUCCAGGUUCAAAAGUAGUGAUAGUUUCCAUCAUGGUCACAGAUUCCAAAGUGGUUCCAGUCUCAAAAGUGGUUGCAGAUUUCAAAGUUGUUCCAGUCUCCAAAGCUGUUCCAGUCUCCACAGUGGUUGCAGGUUCAGAAGUGGUUCCAGACUCGAAAGAGGCUGCAGUCUCUAAAGUGGCUCCAGUUUCCAAAGUGGUUGCAGAUUCCAAGGUUGUUGAAGUUUCCGAAGUGGUUCCAGUCUCCAAAUUGGUUCCAGUUUCUAAAGUGGUUGCAGUUUCCAAAGUGGUUCCAGUUUCCAAAGUGGAUCCAGGUUCAAAAGAAGUUCCAGUUUCCAAAGUGGUUCCAGGUUCAAAAGAAGUUCCAGUUUCCAAAGGGGUUGCAGAUUCCAAAGCCGUUGAAGUAUCCAAAGUGGUUCCGGUCUCCAAAGCGGUUCCUAUUUCUAAAGUGGUUGCAGGUACAAAAGUGGUGAUAGUUUCCAUAGUGGUCACAGAUUCCAAAGUGGUUCCAGUCUCCCAAGUGGUUGUAGAUUUCAAAGUUGUUCCAGUCUCCAAAGCUGUUCCAGUCUCCGCAGUGGUUGCAGGUUCAGAAGUGGUUCCAGACUCGAAAGAGGCUGCAGUCUCUAAAGUGGCUCCAGUUUCCAAAGUGGUUGCAGAUUCCAAGGUUGUUGAAGUUUCCGAAGUGGUUCCAGUCUCCAAAUUGGUUCCAGUUUCUAAAGUGGUUGCAGGUUCAAAAGUAGUUCCAGUUUCCACAGUGGUCACAGAUUCCAAAGUGGUUCCAGUUUCCAAAGUGGAUCCAGGUUCAAAAGAAGUUCCAGUUUCCAAAGUGGUUGCAGAUUCCAAAGCCGUUGAAGUAUCCAAAGUGGUUCCGGUCUUCAAAGUGGUUCCUAUUUCUAAAGUGGUUGCAGGUUCAAAAGUGGUGAUAGUUUCCAUAGUGGUCACAGAUUCCAAAGUGGUUCCAGUCUCCCAAGUGGUUGUAGAUUUCAAAGUUGUUCCAGUCUCCAAAGCUGUUCCAGUCUCCACAGUGGUUGCAGGUUCAGAAGUGGUUCCAGACUCGAAAGAGGCUGCAGUCUCUAAAGUGGCUCCAGUUUCCAAAGUGGUUGCAGAUUCCAAGGUUGUGGAAGUUUCCAAAGUGGUUCCAGUCUCCAAAUUGGUUCCAGUUUCUAAAGUGGUUGCAGGUUCAAAAGUAGUUCGAGUUUCCACAGUGUUCACAGAUUCCAAAGUGGUUCCAGUUUCCAAAGUGGUUCCAGUUUCCAAAGUGGAUCCAGGUUCAAAAGAAGUUCCAGUUUCCAAAGUGGUUCCAGGUUCAAAAGAAGUUCCAGUUUCCAAAGGGGUUGCAGAUUCCAAAGCCGUUGAAGUAUCCAAAGUGGUUCCGGUCUCCAAAGCGGUUCCUAUUUCUAAAGUGGUUGCAGGUUCAAAAGUGGUGAUAGUUUCCAUAGUGGUCACAGAUUCCAAAGUGGUUCCAGUCUCCCAAGUGGUUGUAGAUUUCAAAGUUGUUCCAGUCUCCAAAGCUGUUCCAGUCUCCGCAGUGGUUGCAGGUUCAGAAGUGGUUCCAGACUCGAAAGAGGCUGCAGUCUCUAAAGUGGCUCCAGUUUCCAAAGUGGUUGCAGAUUCCAAGGUUGUUGAAGUUUCCGAAGUGGUUCCAGUCUCCAAAUUGGUUCCAGUUUCUAAAGUGGUUGCAGGUUCAAAAGUAGUUCCAGUUUCCACAGUGGUCACAGAUUCCAAAGUGGUUCCAGUUUCCAAAGUGGAUCCAGGUUCAAAAGAAGUUCCAGUUUCCAAAGUGGUUGCAGAUUCCAAAGCCGUUGAAGUAUCCAAAGUGGUUCCGGUCUUCAAAGUGGUUCCUAUUUCUAAAGUGGUUGCAGGUUCAAAAGUGGUGAUAGUUUCCAUAGUGGUCACAGAUUCCAAAGUGGUUCCAGUCUCCCAAGUGGUUGUAGAUUUCAAAGUUGUUCCAGUCUCCAAAGCUGUUCCAGUCUCCACAGUGGUUGCAGGUUCAGAAGUGGUUCCAGACUCGAAAGAGGCUGCAGUCUCUAAAGUGGCUCCAGUUUCCAAAGUGGUUGCAGAUUCCAAGGUUGUGGAAGUUUCCAAAGUGGUUCCAGUCUCCAAAUUGGUUCCAGUUUCUAAAGUGGUUGCAGGUUCAAAAGUAGUUCGAGUUUCCACAGUGUUCACAGAUUCCAAAGUGGUUCCAGGUUCAAAAGUAGUGAUAGUUUCCAUAGUGGUCACAGAUUCCAAAGUGGUUCCAGUCUCAAAAGUGGUUGCAGAUUUCAAAGUUGUUCCAGUCUCCAAAGCUGUUCCAGUCUCCACAGUGGUUGCAGGUUCAGAAGUGGUUCCAGACUCGAAAGAGGCUGCAGUCUCUAAAGUGGCUCCAGUUUCCAAAGUGGUUGCAGAUUCCAAGGUUGUUGAAGUUUCCGAAGUGGUUCCAGUCUCCAAAGUGGUUCCAGUUUCUAAAGUGGUUGCAGGUUCAAAAGUGGUGAUAGUUUCCAUCGUGGUCACAGAUUCCAAAGUGGUUCCAGUCUCCCAAGUGGUUGUAGAUUUCAAAGUUGUUCCAGUCUCCAAAGCUGUUCCAGUCUCCGCAGUGGUUGCAGGUUCAGAAGUGGUUCCAGACUCGAAAGAGGCUGCAGUCUCUAAAGUGGCUCCAGUUUCCAAAGUGGUUGCAGAUUCGAAGGUUGUUGAAGUUUCCGAAGUGGUUCCAGUCUCCAAAUUGGUUCCAGUUUCUAAAGUGGUUGCAGAUUCAAAAGUAGUUCCAGUUUCCACAGUGGUCACAGAUUCCAAAGUGGUUCCAGGUUCAAAAGUAGUGCCAGUUUCCACAGUGGUCACAGAUUCCAAAGUGGUUCCAGGCUCAAAAGUGGUUGUAGAUUCCAAUGUUGUUGAAAUUUCCAAAGUGGUUCCAGUCUCCAAAGAGGUUCCAAUUUCUAAAGUGAUUGCAGGUUCAAAAGUAGUGCCAGUUUCCACAGUGGUCACAGAUUCCAAAGUGGUUCCAGGCUCCAAAGUGGUUGUAGACUUCAAAGUUGUUCCAGUCUCCAAAGCUGUUCCAGUCUCCACAGUGGUUGCAGGUUCAGAAGUGGUUCCAGACUCGAAAGAGGCUUCAGUCUCUAAAGUGGCUCCAGUUUCCAAAGUGGUUGCAGAUUCCAAGGUUGUUGAAGUUUCCGAAGUGGUUCCAGUCUCCAAAUUGGUUCCAGUUUCUAAAGUGGUUGCAGGUUCAAAAGUAGUUCUGGUUUCCAUAGUCGUCACAGAUUCCAAAGUGGUUCCAGGCUCCAAAGUGGUUCCAGGUUCAAAAGUGGCUCCAGUCUCAAAAGUGGUUCCAGUUUCCAAAGUGUUUCCAGUUUCCAAAGUCAUUGCAGGUUCAGAAGUGGUUCCAGUCUCAAAAGUGGCUGCAGUUUCCAAAGUGGUUGCAUUCUCCAAAGUAGUUGCAGUUUCCAAAGUGGUUCCAGUUUCCAAAGUGGUUCUAGGUUCAAAAGAAGUUCCAGUUUCCAAAGUGGUUGCAGAUUCCAAAGCCGUUGAAAUAUCAAAAGUGAUUCCGGUCUCCAAAGUGGUUCCAACUUCCAAGGUGAUUGCAGACUCCAAAGUUGUUGAAGUUUCCAAAGUCAUUCCAGUCUCCAAAGUGGUUCCAGUCUCCCAAGUGGUUGUAGAUUUCAAUGUUGUUCCAGUCUCCAAAGCUGUUCCAGUCUCCACAGUGGAUGCAGGUUCAGAAGUGGUUCCAGUCUCGAAGGAGGCUGCAGUCUCUAAAGUGGCUCCAGUUUCCAAAGUGGUUGCAGAUUCCAAAGUUGUUGAAGUUUCCGAAGUGGUUCCAAUCUCCAAAUUGGUUCCAGUUUCUAAAGUGGUUGCAGGUUCAAAAUUAGUUCUAGUUUCUACAGAGGUCACAGGUUCCAAAGUAGUUCCAGGCUCCAAAAUGGUUGUAGAUUCCAAAGUUCUUCUAGUCUCCAAAGCUGUUCCAGUUUCCAGUGUGGUUCCAGUUUCCAAAGUGGUUGCAGUUUCAAAAGUGCUUCCAGUCUCAAAAGUGGUUGCAGUCUCCAAAGUAGUUCCAGUUUCCAAAGUGGUUCCAGUUUCCAAAGUGGUUGUAGAUUCCAAAGUUCUUCCAGUCCCCAAAGUGGCUCCAGGUUCAAAAGUGGUUCCAGUCUCCAAAGUGGCUCCAGUCUCCCAAGUGGUUGCAGUUUCUAAAGUGAUUGCAGGUUCAAAAGUAGUUCUAGUUUCCAUAGUGGUCACAGAUUCCAAAGUGGUUCCAGUUUCCAAAGUGGUUGGAGAUUCCAAUGUUCUUCCGGUCUCCAAAGUGGCUCCAGGUUCAAAAGUGGUUCCAGUCUCCAAAGUGGCUCCAGUCCCCAAAGUGGCUCCAGUUUCCAAAGUGGUUCCAGUUUCUAAAGUGGUUCCAUGUUCAAAAGUGGUUCCAGUCUCCAAAGUGGUUGCAGUCUCUAAAGUGGCUCCAGUUUCCGAAGUGGUUGUAGACUCCAAAGUUGUUGAAGUUUCCAAAGUGGCUCCAGUCUCUAUUGUGGUUCCAUGUUCAAAAGUGGUUGUAGAUUUCGAAGUGGUUCCAGUCUCGAAAGAGGCUGCAGUCUCAAAAGUGGGUCCAGAUUCCAAAGUGGUUCCAGUUUCCAAAGUAGUUCCAGGUUCAAAAGUGGUUCCAGUCUCGAAAGAGGCUGCAGUCUCAAAAGUGGGUCCAGAUUCCAAAGUGGUUGCAGGUUCAAAAGUAGUUCCAGGCUCAAAAGUGGUUCCAGUCUCGAAAGAGGCUGCAGUCUCAAAAGUGUGUUCAGUCUCCAAAGUGGUUCCACUUUCCGAAGUGGUUGUAGGUUCCAAAGUGGUUCCAGUUUCCAAAGUGGUUGUAGGUUCCAAAGUUCUUCCAGUCUGCAAAGUGGUUGCAGUCUCCAAAGUGGCUCCAGUUUCCAAAGUGAUUGCAGACUCCAAAGUUGUUGAAGUUUCCAAAGUGGUUUCAGGCACCAAAGCGGUUCCAGUUUCCAUCGCGGUCACAGAUUCCAAAGUGGUUCCAGGUUCAAAAGUGGUUCCAGCCUCGAAAGAGGCUGCUGUCUGCAAAGUGGCUCCAGUCUCCAAAUUGGUUCCAGUUUCUAAAGUGGUUGCAGCUUCAAAAGUAGUUCCAGUUUCCAUAGUGGUCACAGAUUCCAAAGUUCUUCCAGUUUCCAAUGUGGUUCCAGCAACAAGCUCCGCCCUUCCCCUUCCCGGAAGUUCCGGCGCAUGCGCGGUGCGGCUGGGCCUGAGGAGAGCGGCGGCAGAGAGGCCGGGAGCGAUCGUAACGGGGGGGGGGGGGGGGGAGAGCCGGGAGUGGGCCCCGGGGUACCGGGAAAGCGGGAUAACGGCACCGGGACAGCGGGAUAACGGCACCGGAUACCGGGAACAGCGCGGUAACGGCAGCGGGAGCACAACGGCACCGGGAGCACCGGAACAUCCGGGAUACCGGGACCGCCGCCAUGCCCCAUAG